UCGGUGCUAAGGCGCUGUAUCGGCACCACUCGCAGUGGUACUACUGGACCUUCGCGCCUCAGGCCUCUGGCGAAACCAGAAGCUGUGGACACACGCUAACCCGCAUAUCGGCGACCAAGCCGGUCGAAGAAGUUCAAAUAUUUACCUUGUAUCUUGUUGCUAGUUUGAUACGUGAGUUUUGUUUGGUUUUGUUUGUGUUUGUGAUCAGUGUACAAGUUGACAGUACCACAUCAGGAGACCUUCGUGGGUACUUCUACUGCGAAACGGUACUUGCUUUCUUGUGCAUGCAUACGAUGCGGUAUUUAUGAGUUUUUGCUUGGCUUGCUUGAUAGUACUGAAGAGCUUUUUUAGGUAGAUGGGGACCAGCCCUACACCACCCCCGAUGCUCCGCACAACCCUUUGGCUUAAUUAACGAAAUUAGAGUGUUCCUUUGUCGCGAAAUAAUUAAUCGGGUAAGUGUGGCGCUCUGUAACUGAUUGUGUGUGUGUGUCUGUAUGUGAGGAGUAUCUCGCAGUCUCGAUUCUCUCCCUUGGAAUGCUCUCAUUAGAGAAUCAAUCGUACAUAUCGGUUCGAAGAUAUAUCAAAGUGAAACUGAAGUUUGUUUGUCGGCUCGUCUAUCCUCUACGUGUUCUGUGUUCUUGUGUUUGUGUUCUGUGUUUCACGCUGACGUAUUAUGCCGGAAAGCGCAUCUAUCUGCGCGAGCUCCGUGUUGCAAAGACUUCUCUGUGAUUAUCAGGACCAAGAACAUGCCAGAGGAAUUUCUUAAGGCAUUGGCGGGUAUUCAGUAUAUGGGAACUUUCGCUGUUCUAAACUUCGACCAGUUGGCUCAGUCUCAACUCCUCCUAGCUCAAAUAGACCAUAUGAAGAGAACUCCUAGAGGGAAAUCCAUUCUAUUAGUUGUUUCUUUGGCUGGAAUCAAAGUAUGCAGUCCAGACAGCAAGGUUGUGUAUAUGGCACAUGCUCUGAGAAGAAUUUCCUACGCCACCUGUGAUCCUCUGAGACGUCUAUUUUGCUUCUUAGCACGAGAACCGAAAGGACAUUUUUCUCUCCAAUACUGCCACUCAUUUCUGACAACGUCUUCCGAACAGGCCGAAGAGCUGAACACAAUAGUGGGAAAUGCCUUUAGGAUGGCUUAUGCCGCGCAGUUACAGAAACAGCCGAGUUUUCAAGAUGUGAUAUCUCAGCAGUUGGAACAAAGUCAGACUGAAAAAGUUCUCUGGACUAAAGAACUAUCCUCCGCCUUAACCCAAGACAAAUCAAUGCAACAUCAGAACCAGAACAGCAGUAGCCAAUCCGACGACAUGGACGUCCAAAUGUCUGAGACCGCAACCCUUAGAAUAUCACCCCCUAGUUCAAUACCGGGGUUGAAACCUCACAUGCACCGGUACAACGUUCUAGGUCCAAGUGAAAAAAGCGUUUCUACCCAAAGUACGCCGAACAGCGAAGAAAGUAACUCCCCAACAGAGAUGAAUUCUUACAAGAAGAUGAUGGAAAAGCCGCCUUUGAUCAAGAGGAUAGCCAUGGGGUUGACCGGGACACUCAGCAGCGUGGACGACGACAACUGCCCUCUGGUGUCAGACAAUAAUUCUAACGCUAGUACCCCAGGUAGUCCAACGAAUCGACCAUUAUCUGGAGGAUACGUGAACGAAACAAAUGAUGCAGACAACAAAAAUCUCCAUACUAAAACAACCGUAGAAAAUGCAAAGAACGACAAAGAAAUACACAAACACCUAGAGAUGAUGGACAACUGUAGGCUAUUACAAGGAUCUCCUGCUUCUCUAGAUCAUGACUACAAAACCAGGAGGUUCUUCUUGCACAGUUCUAGCAGCUCAAGUUCUUGUACGCAGAUCACUGAAAAUGGCACGUUGUUAAACUUCAUGCCUGUAGUACCUCCACCGCCAGAAAGGACAGAUUCUUUGAACAACAAGGAACAAGAGGAAUUGCGAAUGGCUCCAUGGUUCCAAGCUGGUAUACCUAGGGAGAUUGCUCUGGAAAUUUUAGCUCAAGAGCCUAUUGGAACGUUUAUGGUCAGAGAAAGUACAAGUAAACCAGGUUGUUUCGCACUUUCUUUGAGAGUGCCAAGAAAUUUUCAGCCAACGGGAAUUGCUCACUACUUGAUCGUUAGGACAAAUAAAGGCUACAAAAUACAGGGCUUCACUAAAGAAUUUACAACCCUUACUUCCCUUAUCACUCAUCAUUCGGUGAUGCCUGAACUUCUACCAUGUCCACUGUCACUCAGCCGGUACAAUCCUAGUUUCGCAAAGCAGGACUCCAAGAAAGACUUCGCUGAUAUCGACUUAGAUCCUGAUUACAACACAUUGGCGGACUUCAGAAAAAUGAUGGCAGACUUGAAUGUGUGAGAUCCGGAGUUAACAAGUGGUGAUAACUCAGUUACUUAUGUUUUUUCGUGAACUAGUCGUACCCUAAUGUUUGAUAUCAAUAUAUAGGGUGUUCCGAUUUACUUCAUAAAGACGUCCUGUUUCGGGUAGGUCAGUGACACUGAUAAAUUAAAUGGGAUCUUGAACGGAGUAAUUCUAAGCCCAUCUAAAGACGCAAAGCCUGUGUUCCUUGUGAUAUACCUUCAAAAAAGUGUUCUGAUAGGUGUAAAAAAUUUUUGUGGAAAUGAACUGUUAAUCCUAUAAACUUUUAUAAUUUUUGUUACUGAUAAUAUGGUUGUAAUUUAACCCCUUAGUAUUAAUAACUAAGUUUACUUCAGUUUUUCCACUUACAUAAAGCUUGAGCUACUUACAAGUGUUAGUUGGUAGAGGAGAAUGCAAUGCUUUAUAUUUUAUCUAGUUUCAGUGAUUUUUUGGACCAAUGAAUAUAUUAUUAUUUGUAUAUUGUAAAUAGUAAAUAACCUAGUCUCCAGAAAAUUAUACUAUUAUUGUAACUAAUAAAAAUAUAAAAAUUGAUGACAUUAACUAUCAACUAUUGGAAUAUUAAUAGCUUGAAAAAUGUUCAUGAAUUAUUUAUUGUCAGAUCAUUUGUUGAAUGGAUGGAAUUUUUCUACGAAAUUGUUGAAACUAAUCAGUACUGAGAAACUUAUAGAGAAUACUUUGUAGGCUGUAUUUUCAACAUAGUUCUGCAUAUUCAACAUUGUCAGUAAAUGUGUCAUGUUUGAGAAAAUAUCCUAACUAAUUGUGUACUGUUUGAAGUUUUAUAUAGCUCUCUAUUAUAUUUGCUGUGGGAUUUUUCAUUCAACGACUGAAUUUUAUGACAGAUAGAGUGUGACAUUUACUGACUAUUCAUUAUUAUUCAAUCCUAAUGUUGUAAUAUAACAUAAAAUUAUUUAUUUCCUAUGAAUCAAUAUAAUUUUUUAUCCAUA